AUGUACUUCUUCAUCUCACAACUGUCCAUCAAUGACAUGUUAUUGACAACAGUUAUUGUCCCUUUUAUGCUCCACAUUCUACUGAACAAUGGGGGGACCAUUGGUUUUACUGACUGUAUCAUUCAAUUUUAUUUUUUCUGUACUUCGGAAGCAUUUGAAUGUCUACUCCUUACAGUGAUGUCUUAUGACAGAUAUGUGGCCAUCUGUAAUCCCCUCCGUUACUCCUCUAUCAUGACAAAUGAAUAUUGCGUAAAACUACUUAUAUCCUGUUGGUUGGCUGUUUUUUUCAUAGCAGCUAUGGACACUGUAACAUUAUUAAUGCUAAAGUUUUGUAGAAAAAAUGUUAUUGACCAUUUUUUCUGUGAUCUUGUUCCAUUGCUAGAAAUUGCCUGUUCAGGUACUCAGUUUGUGGAAUUAGAAGUUUCUGCACUGGGACCUCCUGUACUUUGUAUCCCGCUCAUAAUAAUAAUAGUGUCAUAUAGUAAUAUUAUUGUCACAAUAUAUAGGAUUCCAUCCAAUAUCAGUAGACGAAAAGCCUUCUCCACCUGUAGCUCCCACCUCAUUGUGGUCUCCAUAUUUUAUUGCACUUUGUUCAGUGUCUAUGUUGUCCCAACAAGUGGACAAUCAUCGACCAUCAGUAAAGUCCUAUCUCUGAUAUACACUGUGGUGACUCCUUUCAUAAACCCCAUAAUAUACAGUAUGAGAAAUAAGGACAUUAUGAAAGCCAUUAAAGAAACCAUUAGUUGA